AUGGCUCUGUUCGUUUCACAGAGCUCGUUCUCCAAGUCCAAACCCUUCACUCUCAAUGCCGAUUCCUCUCAUCCUUGUCUGAUUUUCUCGUGUCUGAGAUUGUUUCCCUCUGUUCUUGUGGUAGCUCCCACUCUCCCGCCGUUAUCCAUCUCUUUCUCCGCUAAAACCCUAAGUGGGUCCCUUUUCCGACAACCCUUUGCUUCGACGUGGGCUGUUUGUGCGGUUCCCCAGUCGGAGACCCCGGUUUCCGAUGAUCGGAGUGAUGAUGAUGAGGAGGAGAACUUGCCGGUCGGUGAUCCGCCAUUGGAGGCGAAGCUGGUGCAGAAGCUUGAGCGAAAGAUGAAGAUGAAGCUCGCUAAGAAAGUGAGGCUUCGGAGGAAGAAGCUCGUACGGAAGCGGAGGAUGAGGAAGAAAGGUCGAUGGUCAAACCCUAAGAACACCUGA